GCGGCUAAUAAUACGUAAAUAAUAAGGCUAAAAAUUUAAACUGUUAUAAAUCACACGUCCCUGUAAAAGAAUUUAUUUAUGUAGUCACCACUUUUUAUUUCAUUUCUUAUGGUGACUGUAAAGGAUUUAUUGAGCUUGAUUUUUAAUACUGGUAAACUGUGAGGUUAGGUCGUCUUCCUUUUAUUGUGCGUUCAUCCGUUAUCUGUGAUUCUACGUUUUAAAUAAAUUUUUUGAAGCGCAGAAUAUGAUUGAAUACGAAAACUAUUUCAAAAAGAUACAUCAUUUUAAAAAUAAUGAACGAUACACCCUUCCAAAGAAAGCCUUUGCAUGCCGUGAAAAGUGGUUGGUGCCGGAGCUGCAGAAUAAGAAAAUCAAACUGAACGAAGUUAAAAGUUUAUUAGGGAAGUAUAAGUUAAAAGUGUGGUCGAAACAUACAGCUCAUAGAGACCCAUCUGGGUUCGUUAUGAAAAAACUAUCCGAAGAUGUUCAACCGGAACUGCUAACACAGGCUUGGUGCAAAUUUUAUGAAAUACUGGGCCAGUUCCCUAUUGUUCCUCAAAAUGCAGCACUUAGUGGAAAAUUUAAGAGUCUUCAUUUAUGUGAAGCUCCUGGUGCCUUCGUAUGCGCCCUCAAUCAUUAUUUGGUAUUGAACCAUCCAGGUAUUCAGUGGAAUUGGACAGCAAAUACUUUAAAUCCCAAUUAUGAAGGAAACGAGUUGUCACAAAUGAUCCCCGACGAUAGACUUAUAAGAUAUACACUCCCAAAUUGGUAUUUUGGGUUAGAUUUCACUGGGGAUAUCACAAAAUUCUACAACCACUGUGAUUUAGUUCAAAUCUAUAAAGAUAAUAAGGUUGAUUUAGUAACUGCAGAUGGCAGUGUGGAUUGUAUGAAGGACCCUGGAGAACAAGAAAGACACGUAGAAUUUCUUCAUUUCUGCGAAACCCUCAGCGCAUUGGCAGUUUUACAAAUAGGGGGCACAUUUGUUCUGAAAAUAUUCACCAUGUUUGAAGACACUACAAUAAAUUUAAUGUUCUUGUUGAACUGCCUCUUUGAAAAGGUGUCAGUCUUCAAACCGUGCUCAUCGAAAAGUGGGAACUCUGAGGUAUACGUUAUCAACACAAACUUUAAGGGUUUCAACGUUGUGUCCAGCAUUUGGCCUGAAUUAAUGUCGGUUUACAAUAACUCCACGAUUUUCUCCUUACAUUCCAUGUUUUCGCUGUUAGAAUUACCAGAUGGUUUCAUGGAUGAAAUCUUCAGGUGUGUAGAUUUUUUUAUGACCAAACAAGUCUGUACUAUAUUAGACAACAUUUAUUUUUUUGAAAACAGAAUAAAAUCUCAAUCCAAUAAAAUUUACUUGCUCAAGACUUCUGUAGCUCAGUAUUACAUGUUUCUAUAUAAACCGAAGUGGAUUCCAAAUGACAAAAAGAUCGUACCGAACAUCAGUGUCGGUGAUAAUUGGCGGGUACAUUCCGUCCACAAGAAUAAAGGGUAUAUUUGCGUUCUUACGGAAAACUUAGUAAAGUAUAAAUUAACAAUCGAUAUAAUUGACAUCAAAAUCGGCAAGCGAAUAAAAGUAGUGCAAAAUUCAAAGUUUACGCAGAAAGAUAAUUUACAAAAAGUGUCUCUUGGCGUCGGCAGAUAUUCAUUCGGGUUAUAUAACCUUACCUUAAAUUGUCUUAAAAACAGUAAUGAAAUCAUUAAUGCAAGAGAUUUCCCCUUGUGUUGGUAUCACGAGUUUCAAAAAAGUUUAUUCGAGAGAGUGUACAACUCCUUAGACAGAGCCUUGAAUAUGAUUUUUAUAAACGUACCGUUCCACACGCACUUCCUAGUUGGAUUGUUGUAUAUUAUGUUUUAUGCUUUUGAAAAGGUUUAUUUUGGAAAUGGCCUCAUUAUUCUGUACAAAUGUAAAGAUAAAUCUUUAAAACAAGUAAAAGAAGUAUUGUCGGUUAUUUGGAAGCAGUACAGUGAACUAGUAAGUGAAAAUUUUGCACAUAGCAUUGAAAAUUGUGCUUACUUUGAAAGAGAUAUUGUUCAAAUAAUACCAGCGAGGUUUUUCGAUGAAACUUAUAAUUCACUGGUUGGUUUAAUUUGGAAUUAUAAUAAUCAAAUUUGUUGUCCCUUACCAGUUUAGUAUUACUUGGUGUGAUAACGGUUUUGUACAGAAGCACUGA